AUGAUGGAAAAGACACCACUGCCACAAAGCGACACGCCAUCGCCGCGGGCCAGCCGGCGACUGAGCCUGCGCGAAUCGGUGUUUAGCCUGCGCGAGUCGCUGGCGUCGACGUUUCUGCCCACGUCAGAGGCAGCAGCAGCAUCGCAAGCGCGCACGCACGAGCGGCUGCGGGCGGCCGAAGAGAGGGCACGCGAGAUGGAGCAGCUGGUGGAGCGGCUGAAGCGCGAGGCGGUAGCCGGCCCGUCGGCCACGGAGGCACAGCUGCGGAUCCUGCAGCUGCAGUACGACUCGGUGCGGGCGAACAGCCAGACGGGGCCGCGACCAUCGGCCGGACUGUUCAAGAUGUCGUGCGCGACGGACCUGCUCUUCCUGCUGGACGCCACCAACUCGAUGCGGUCGUACAUCGACUCGGCCAAGGAGCAGAUCUGCAGCAUCGUGACCGACAUCAACCGGUCCUUCUUCCAAGAGGCCGACGUGCGCGUGGCCAUUGUAGCGUAUCGCGACCACGGUGACAAGAAGCCGCGCGAGACGCUCGACUUUACGACCGACACCGACGCCAUGUUCCGGUUCCUCAACGGCGUGCGGGCGACCGGUGGCGGCGACGCGGCCGAGGACGUGCUCGGCGCCCUCGAUGCGGCCAUGCACACGUCCUGGCAACAGGCCACGCGCUGCGUUAUGCACAUCACUGACGCUCCGCCGCAUGGCCGUACGCUCCACGACAUGGAGGACCGGCACGACAACUACCUCGUUCCCAGCAGCGAGCCGCACAAGCUGCAGCACGAGGACGUGAUCGGCCGCAUGGUCGCGCUCAAGCUCAAUUACGUCCUGAUGCGCAUCAACUCGCACACUGACAAGAUGGCCUUUGUCUUUCUGCAGAACUACCUCGCCGCCGCGCCCGACGCGAAGCUGCUCAAGACCAACAAGUUCUACCACGACGCCGUCCUGCUCAAGGCCAACAAGCUGUACGUCGGUGCGCCUACGCUGAAGACGGCCAGCAGCACGGCCACAACAGUAAAGUCCACCACCUCCGCCCAGGGCGGUCUCCACUUUAACGAGGUCGCGCUCGGCACCCAGUACAGCGCUAUGCGUCACCUGGUCGUCAGCAGCGUGAUGGCCUCGGCCUCGCGCACGGCCGUCCGGCUAUCAGCCGCCAGCACGGCCGCGCGGUCGAGCCGGAUGUCGAGCGGAUACACGAUCAAGCCGAGCGUGAGUGCGGAUCCGAGUUUGGAUGCAGUGCGGGAGGACGACGAUGAGGAUGAAGGGGAUACAGAUAUCAAAUCAGCAAAGCUGCCCCCCACUCAGAUCGAUACCAUACCGCCGCAGUGGGAUGUGGCCGGCUGGCUCGACACGGCCGAGCAGUUCCAGGCCUUCUCGACCGACGUCACGGCUGCGCCCGGGCUGCUCGACCGCAUGCUCGCCAGCGACGACCAUAUUCGCAUCAGCACGACCGAGCUGACGGUGCUGCGGCGCCAGCAGCCGUUUGCUGAGGGCGCGCUGCGUGUCGCUAUGUAUGCCCGCACGCCCGAGUCGUCCAACCGGCUGGUCGUCAAGGCCUUCAAGACCGACGGCAAGACUCUCGUCGACAUGGCCGAGGAGAUGCGCGUCCAGGCCUUGUGCAAGGCUUUUGUGCUCGAGUUCAACGCCCUGGCCGUCGGUGUCGAUGCCGACAACAGAAGCAGCAGCAGCAGCACUUCCAUCGACUUUACCGUCGUCACCUGUCUGCAGCCAAAGUCGGCAACAGCGGCCGGCACCGCCUGUCUCGCCCUCGAGCCGCUCCUCGAAGGCACCUUUGUCAAGUACAAUUCUAAUUGCGGUGGCGUCAGUUCAGACGGGAUCGACACAAAUGCCUCCAAGUCGUCGAAAACUGACACCACCAAAUCCACCAAUUUGACCAAAUCUGUCAAACCUGCCAAAACCCCCAAAACCCCUAAACCAAACCACAACACCACCGCCCAGGCUUUUUCCCACUUCACCUUUGAGCGCUCCCAGGGCCGCUUCCUCAUCUGCGACCUCCAGGGCGUUGGUGGUGUCCUCACCGACCCCGCCGUCCACACCCGAGAUCAUACCCGCUUCCGGCUCACCGACACCAACCUCAACGAGGAGGGCUUCAAGCUCUUCUUCGCCACCCACAAGUGCAACAUCCUCUGCGAGCGGCUGCGCCUUCAGUCCUCGGCCGACAUGUUCAUCACCGGUCCCUUUGUCUUCCGCCAAGACUGGCCUGCUGCCGACCACCAGACCGGCUGGAGCGUCUGCUGUGCCAACAAACUCUGCGGCCGCAUCUUCCGCGCCGACGACACCCGCAAGACUGCCCCCGCCUUCUACUGGUGCACCACCUGCUGGCCCCAGCUUGCCGCCACUACCCAGCAGGUCCUCUGUCUCGCCCCCGGCCCCCAGCACGGCUUUGCCGUUUCCCGCUUCUUUUACGAGUCGCAGGGCCAGAUCCGCCCCCGUCUCUGCCGAGAACAUGCCGUUGGCCCCGGAUCUAUGCCCUCUGAUGCCACCGUGUUCAGCCCACCCAUCACGCCUCACAGGAGCGGCCGUUCUUUUUUCGGCGCCAGGCGGUCAUAA